AUGGGUGACGCAACAAAUGGUACCAACGGCAUCGGCGGUGCCUCUCAUACCCUCCCCGCUCUUGUCACCUCGGCGUCGACCUUUCUUGAGCAGGAUUACGACUACGUCAUUAUCGGCGGCGGCACGGCAGGCCUCGUGCUUGCUGCGCGGCUGACGGAGAAUCCGGAUGAGGGUACUGGUGGUCUGGUGCACAACAUAGCUCGCGGGAAGGUGCUCGGAGGGUCUAGUGGCAUCAAUUACAUGAUGUAUGUUCGCGGCUCGGAGCGCGACUACGACGACUGGGCGGUCCUAGCCGAUGACCCAGGUUGGGGCUUCGCGAACAUGCGCCAAUACAUCACCAAGCAUCAGACGCUGGAGCCGAUUCCGGACAGCAUAACCAACCGCGUGGCCAUGUCCACUGUUGACGUCAAUCACGGCACCUCCGGCCCCAUCCACACCUCGUUCAACGACACACGGCUCGACAUUGAGGACGCUUUCAUCCUCGGUGCAGACCAAGCAUCUGGAAUCACCCAAAAGCCCGUCGACGCAUGGGGCGGUGACCACUACGGCUUCUACAAUGGCCUGGGCAGUGUAUACCGAACGGGACCGCUCGCCGGGAAGCGCAGCUACGCGGCGCGCGGCUACUUUGAAGCCAACGCCUCCCGACCGAACCUCAAAGUCCUCUGCGAGGCGCCUGUAUCCUCCAUCAUCCUCGACGCGGAUAACAGGAACGCGGUGGGGGUGGCAUUCACGCACGGAGGGGAGAGGCACGAAGUGAGGGCUCGGAGAGAGGUUCUGCUGUGCGCCGGUGCGAUCCAGUCUCCGCAGGUGUUGGAGCUGUCGGGAAUCGGCAAACCGGAGGUGCUCAGAAAGGCAGGCGUCGAAGUCAAGGUCGAUCUGCCAAGUGUGGGCGAGAACUUCCAAGAUCAUGUCGUUGCGGGCGUUGGGUAUGAGCUUGCGCCGGGAAUCAUCUCGGGGGACAGCCUGUGGCAUCCGGAUGCAAUGGCUGAGGCACAGAAGGCCUUGAUGGAGCAUGCACUUGGUCCGUUGACAGCCACUGCGAGUGGACAGGGAUUUGUCAGCUACAAGCAACUGGCGACCGAGGAGGAACUCAACGAGACGAUCGCCAGCAUCCGCGAGACGCAGAAGACAUCGUCACCCUUCCAACGACGUCAACUCGACCUUAUUGUCAACCAUCUCGAAGACGACAGAUCGGCUAAUGUUCAGUACAUCCUCAUUCCGGCCAAGGCCAACUUAUCUGACGAGUCCAUAAUGGACCAGUCCAAGAUGUGGCUGCCCGGGAACCCAGAGAAGCCUCAAAUCGUCUGGGGUUGCGCCUUACAGUACCCCGUGUCUCGAGGCUCUGUGCACAUCACGAGUGCCGACCCCACCGCUCCACCAAACAUCGACCCCUCUUACCUCAGCCACCCCGCCGAUGUCGCCGUCCUCGCAUCAGGCAUGAAGCUUGCCGACCGCAUUGCCAACUCGCCCGCCCUGGCGCCGCUGUUGGGGGCGCGCACCAGCCCCGCGCCCGGUGUUGACCUGCAGCAGACGGCCGCGGCCGCGGCCGCCGUGCGCGCCUGGAGCAUCGGCGAGUACCACGUUGCGGGCGGCUGCGCCAUGGGCGAUACCGUGGAUAGCAAGCUGCGCGUGAAAGGGGUGGGGAACCUGCGGGUCGUCGAUGCGAGCGUGUUCCCGAAUCACGUUAGUGGAAACUGCCAGAGUAGUGUGUAUGCGCUGGCGGAGAGGGCGGCAGAUUUGGUCAAGGAAGCAUGGUGA